AUGUUUAAUAACUCCUCUGGUAAAGGUCGGAAAAACUCAAGACGAACACCAUUUCUUCCACCCACUUCUUCAUCUCAAUCAAGAAAUUUAAGAAAUGAAUUCCUUUUAAAUUCUCAAGAUUUAACUCCUUCACCUCCUUUCCCUCAUAAUCAUAAUAAUCAAAAUGAUGUUCUAGAUGAUUCAAAUUCUUCCUUAUUCUUCUUUGAUAAUGAUCAUAAUUCAUCUCCCGAUUCUCAAACUAUAACUUACCCACAUUCAGUCAUUAAUAACGCGCCUUAUUCAGUUAAUACCAACUACAGACCUCAAUCAAACCAAAAUAAUAACAAUAAUAAUAAUAAUGUUGCCUAUUAUCAUGAUAAAAAACUACCUUCAACCAAUGAACUCGAAUUAAGUAACCUUACAAACACGGACUCUUCAACUUCAGAUGAUCUCAGACAAAAAUCUCAAAGAAAUGAUAAUGAUGCUUAUUAUCAUGAAAAUUAUAAUCUUGUACCAUUACCUUCAGUACCUCAUCAAAGUCCAUUUGAAGAUUUAGAAUUAAAUGAUCCCAAUACACCUAAUAACAUUAAUGAUGAUAAUCAACAAUUUUUAAAUCAUAAUAAUACCAAUCAGAAUAAUAUAGAUUCAGAUCCUUCAUCCAAACAGAAAUUCCAUUUCUUUGAAAAGGAAAGAUUAAGAAUUUUACGUCAAAAACCUCGAUUCCAUUAUACAAACUUACCUUAUUUCACCAUCUUAGUAACUUUACUUCAAGUCAUUGUAUUCAUAGUUGAAUUAGCUCGAAUGUCAAUAUUAACCGGUUCAGCUUUUCAAACUCAACCUUAUUUUAAUCCCAUGUUAGGACCUUCAACGUACCUUUUAAUUAAUAUGGGUGCAAGAUAUGUCCCUUGUAUGCAACAAAUUCAAAAUAUAACUGAUGAUACCACUAUUCAAUUCCCUUGUGCUAAUUCAACCACCGUAGAAACAAAUGUAUGUUCCUUAAGUCAAUUAUGUGGUCUUCAACCCAUCCCAAUGGUUAACAAUGCAUUCAUUCCUGAUCAAUGGUAUAGAAUCAUCACUCCCAUAUUCUUACAUGCCGGAUUCUUACAUAUUAUAUUCAAUUUAUUAUUACAAAUUACCAUGGGGCCAUCAAUUGAACGUAGUAUUGGAUUCAUAAAAUUUGCUUUAAUAUAUAUAGCAUCGGGAAUUUCAGGAUUCUUAUUAGGAGCAAAUUUCACUCCAGAAGGUAUCGCUUCAACUGGUGCAUCAGGAGCAUUAUUCGGAAUCGUCGCUACCAAUAUCCUUUUAUUCGUUUAUUGUGGGAAAAAAAAUACUAAUAUUUAUAAUACUCGUCAUUAUGGAUUAUUCAUCUUAAUCAUGGUAGGAGAAAUCAUCGUAUCGUUGGUGCUUGGUUUAUUACCUGGUAUGGAUAAUUUCAGUCAUAUUGGUGGAUUUGCCAUGGGGAUUCUUAUGGCGGUUUUAUUAUGUAAUGAUCCAUUUUUCGUCUAUGAAGAUGGUUUAAUUCCUUAUAAUAGUAAAUUAACUCAAUGGCAGCAUUUUAAAAAUCAAUGGAAUCCAAAAGCAUUCUGGGAUUAUAAAAUACCAAUGAAAUUUAUGAUAUGGUUAACGGUUCGAGUAAUAGCUUUGAUUUUAAUCAUUGUUUAUUUCGUAUUCCUCGUGAAGAAUUUCUUUACUGGUAAAGAUGGUCCUGGAAGUAGUUCAACUUGUCAUUGGUGUAAAUAUAUUAAUUGUAUACCUGUUCAUGGUUGGUGUGAUAUUGGUCAAGUAUCAGUGACUACCACUACUACUCCUGUUACUUCUGCUGCACCAUCAGGAUCUCAAGCUACUAAUCAAGCAGUAGAAACUUCUGCCUCUGAAGUUUUGAUUACUACUACAUUACCUUCUAGUAUUGAAAAUACAUCAUCUCCAGAUGAUGAUGAUGGAAGUAAUAAUAAACGUCAAGAAUAUGUGAGAGUAAGAAAUGGAGAAUAUGAAGUGAUGCAACAAUUCGGCAUAUUCGAAGAUCCAACACCACCUCCAUCAAUCAAACAAUUGGAUCCAUCUACAAAUCAGGCAUUUGUAAAUAAUCAAGGUGUAGGAAUCGCAUUUUAUGCUGUUCUUUUCUUAUUAACGAUUGCAUUUAUUAAAAAGAGUAAAAGACAUGAUCAUUAG